CCAGAGGCCAAUUAAGCUCGUCGUGUAGCCAGCGCCAAAACAGAGGCAGUGGGCAAGCACCGCCUACAGAGCCAGACCUGGGCGGCGCACCACUUGCAGAGCGAGCAACGCGAGAGAGGCUGCCCAAAGAGCUGCCCCAAAGCGAUCUCAGAGAACAGAGAAACAACAAUGGCCAACUACGGCCGCCUCGGCCCCGCCGGCGCGCUGCGCUACUGUCGGAGCGUCUCGAUCGACUUUGAAGAGGAACCCAGUACGCAAGAAACGGAACAGCGGGAGCAGGCGCUAUUACAAAAACUAGGGUUCUACGACGACAGGAUCGAAGCGAAGAUGCGGUCGGACACGGAGUUCCACCGCAUCGUGGGCGCGCAAACGAAGACGAACGGACCGAGAAAUAUGACGCGCGAGUCGUUUUUGAUGGCCGCGCGGCAACUCUGGGGCCUCGACCACGUGCAAGCCGCGGCGGCGUUCGCUUCGGCGGAUCUGACGGGCGAGGACACGCUGAACAAGCGCGAGUAUCUGUUGCUGCGGGAGGCCUUUCAUCAUCGUGACGCGAGGCCGUGCCCGGAGUUGGAUCGCAUGCGCGGGGCGGCUCUAUGGCACAAAUACGACCGAAGGGGCCCCAAGGGCUUGACGAGGGAGGACUACCGGGACUUUGUCGCGGAUCUGUGUGCGGGCGACACGCACGUCGACCAUGUCAUGCGAGUACUGGAACAGCAUCGAGAAUCCAAGAAUAGACCUAGAUUAAUACCAGAUGCGAUGUGCGGCGAGCAGGGGCUGUCCGAGGAAGAUUUCCUGAGCGAUUUACUCGAUCAGGACCUGCUGGGGCCGCGAGGGUUAGAAAAAAGAGAUCUACUGAUGGGCUUUUCCGGGGAUUCGCCGCAACGGCGACGACGCCAUCGAUGGCGGGCGUCCGACGCGCGGGCGGAGGCCGACGGCGGGCAGGCCAAUCGCCCGGGAUUGCGCGUGGCUCUCGAGGCCUACGACCAGGUCGCGGUCACGCGCGCCACGGAGGCCCAGGUCGCGUCCACUUCGGAAUCCUGCGAGGGCGUGUCGCGGAAGGCGGUCACGCGGCCGGUGCACCCGGAAGCCGUGAACGCCGAUCUGGAGUUAGCGGCACCGUUGGCCUGCGAGUUUGAUUGGCGGGGGCCGGGUGCCGCGCAGCGCGACUCGGAAUUAUUUGAUGUGGCCAUGGGUUGUGUGGAUAGGGCCGGGGCUAUGGCUCGCAGCUGCCUCAACGCGCCGGAAGAUGAAUUAGAUAGGACGUGGCUGUGUGACCCGCCGGACGCCGCUCUAGCUUUGUUGUUAGAUGCCACAGAUCCAUCUGUCCUCGCACGAAGAGUAGUGGAGCUCGCGCAGGCGUGCAAGCGCAUCGCGGCGGCGCAGCCGCCCUUGGUACGCGCGAGGUUGCCCUGCAAGAUCUUCGGGGACACGCACGGGCAGCUGCGGGACGUGCUGCUCCUGUUCGCGUCCUUUGGGGCGCCCACCCACAAGAACGCGGGCGACGUCGAGUUGUGCUCGUAUGUCUUCAACGGCGACUUCAUCGAUCGCGGCGAGCACCAGGUCGCUUUGGUGGCGUUGCUGUUCGCGCUCAAAGCACUCUACCCGCAGCGCAUUUAUCUGGUCAGGGGCAACCACGAAUUUCGAAGUACGUCGGAGCGCAUGGGCGCUACUUCAUUUAAAGCGGCGUGUAGCCGGGCCUUCCCGCCGAACGACGCACAUGAAGUGUACGAGGCGUGCUUCGGGGUCUUCGAGUGGUUGCCUUUGGCUGCUUUAGUCGGUGACCGCAUAUUAGUGGUCCACGGGGGCGUCGGCGACGGGAGCUGGCGGCUCGAGGACCUGGCCGCGGGCGUGCCGCGACCGUUAUCUGAUCUGAGGGUGGCGCCGGCCUGGGUCGUGCAGGCGCUGUGGAGCGACCCCUCAGACUCCGACGCGGACAUGCGGCGGGGCGUGCACAUGUCGCCGCGCGGGGGGAUUAGUGUUGAGUUCGGGCCCGACGUGACUGAUAGAUUCUGUGAGGGCAACGGCAUCGACCUCGUCGUGCGAUCGCAUCAGUACGUUAGAAGAGGGUACAAGUACAUGCAUGCUGGCCGCUUGGUGACGUUGUUUAGCGCUAGGAACUACUUUGGACGGGAAGAAAACGAUGCAGCCUUACUGCUCGUCGCGCGAGACGGCUACGGCCAGAUCCGCGUGCGACCGAAGCGGCUGCCCGCAUACGUCUCUGGAGCCCACCCGUCUCUUGGAGCGCCUAGUACGUCGCAGCGGCGGCGGCGGUCGAGGUCUGGGUCGCCGAAGCGGCGGCGCUCGCGGAGUUCCUCGCCGUACACGAGCGACGACGAGCCAGACGACGUGGCGACGACGGCGGGCGCGCUGGACGCAGCCUUCGCGGAGACGCCGCCGCCGCCGCCGCCGAAGGCCCACUUCUCGCCCUCCCCGAAGGUCCAUUCUUCUCUGGGUUUAUGAGGAC